GUCCUUUUCCUUUUCGCGAGGCAUCGUCUUCUGUCAUAUCUGUAAUGGAGAUGAUUAAAUGCUGCACAUGCAGGCGGGUUUAAUGACCGUCUCCCGGGUGCCGCUGCGCUCCCCCAGCGGCGUUGCCCGGGCACGCAUAGCGCAAUUCACUUGGCAAUUACGUAAUACCCUCUUCGGAGGAUCGGGCGCAGAGCUCUCCUUUUCUUUUGUCUCGGCGCGCGCUCGCCGGGCUCGCGGUGACGGAGUCGAUUCACGAGGCUGCGGACGGUUUUGCUUCGGCAUUAGCCAGAAAAAGGAAAACAAAAGAAAGGGCAGGAGGGGGGGAAAUAAAUAAAUGUGAGGAAAAGAAGCGGACUCAGGGUGCGUUAAUGAGCGACUCCAUGAAACGAGUGCUUUGUCCUCCUCCGCAGCCAGCCGUGCUUAAUUCGUCCGCCUGCUCCCCUGAAAGUAGGCUACAGGCGAGAAGCGCAGACUGAUGGGUCUCGUGACGAACAGCUCUUCCUCCCCGGUCCACAAAGCCAACGAUGAACAACAACUGCCUUUCUCCACCUGUGUGUUCGCUUCAGGACGCCGAAUGGUACUGGGGAGAUAUAACAAGGGACGAGGUGAACGAGAAGCUUCGCGACACACCUGACGGCUCCUUCCUGGUGCGGGACGCGUCCACGAAGCUGCAGGGAGAUUUUACUUUGACUUUACGGAAAGACGGACACAACAAGCUAAUCAAGAUCUACCACCGUGACGGGAAGUACGGCUUCUCGGACCCCUUCACGUUCACGUCGGUGGUGGAGCUCAUCUGGUACUACCAGCACCACUCGCUGGUGGAGUACAACGCCAUGCUGGACCUGAUGCUCAUGCAUCCCGUGUCCCGUUUCCAACAGGUCAGCGAGGUGAAAGAAGACAGCGUUGACGUUGCGGGGAGGAAGCUCAAAGAGGUCCACAGUCAGUACCAAGAGAAGUCAAAAGAGUUCGACCGUCUUUAUGAAGCCUUCACCAAGACCUCGCAGGAGAUCCAGAUGAAGCGCACGGCAAUAGAGGCCUUCAACGAGGCAAUGCUGAUCUUCGAGGAGCAGUGUCGCGAGCAGGAGCGAUACGGAGAGGAGUUCGAGAGGAACAGUCUAUCGGAGGGAGCCGACAAUGAUUUGGAGAGCUUUCUGAUCAAUUACGAAAAGCUGAAGUGCCGACUUGGAGAGAUCUACGACAGCAAGCUGCACCUGGAGGAGGACUUGAGGACGCAGGUGGAGGACUACAGAGAGACGGACAGGAAGAUCAACAACUUGCGGCCGGACCUCAUCCAGCUUCGCAACAUCCGAGACCUGUAUCUCAACUGGCUUAAUCACAAAGGAGUACGGCAGAAACGCAUAAAUGAUUGGCUUGGGAUACACAACGACAGCCUUGAUGACACAUACGUAUUGAAGGGAGAUGAGAAGAACCUACCACAUCAAGACGAGGCGAGUUGGUUCGUUGGGGAACUGAGUCGAACGCAGGCGGAGGAGAUGCUUCAAGGCAAAGUUUCCGGAACGUUCCUGAUCCGAGAGAGCAGCAAGCAGGGAUGCUACGCCUGCUCUGUUGUCGUGAACGAAGAGGUGAAGCACUGCAUGAUAUACAGCACUUCCCACGGCUACGGCUUCGCCGAGCCCUACGACGCUCACUGCUCGCUCAAAGACCUCGUCCUGCACUACCACCUCCACUCCCUAGCGCAGCACAACGACGCCCUGGACGUCCGGCUGCUGCACCCCGUGCACGCCAAGGCGGCGGACCCCGCUUCCCAGCACUCCGACGAGCACAAACUGUUACAGACUCCAAAACACGUGCCGCCGGGACUCCCGCCCGCAGCCCCGGAGAUGUGAUCGAGCGGCAAGAGACUUUCCGUCGCGUACCCUGUGAGAAGGACUGCGUUAAAACGGUGCGUCGUGCAGAAGAUUUGCACUACCGGUGAUUCCGACAGCUUUCGCGAGUGGGAUCUUGCAGGUUUGAAGUGGGACCGGAACUUGAAUGUCAACUUGACUGUUUCAAACUGAUUUUCUACUUCAGCGUUUCAGCGUCGUUUGUUCAAAGGCCCUCCCCGGGGCCACCCUUUCUUUCGGGCUGUGGGGUGGUGGGGUGACGUCCGCGAGCGAGAGUUUGUCCACUGGCGUCGGGCUGCGCUGUGCCCUGCCAGUUGCUGGAGAUGUCCAUUUCCGACGUUGGAAAUCGAUUCAGCUCUUCAGAUUUAACCAAUAUGUCAGAUGUAUUGGGGCUGCGACUAUAAAGUGCAUUUGUGAGUGGGGCGGGGGGAGAAAAAAAAAAAAAAAGACACGAGGUCGGUAUCAGUUAAGUGGGUUAAAAUAAAAUGCCACAUGUGAAUAUGUUUAAAAAAAAAAAAAAAAGUCAUGGUGCAUCUUAACUACUUGCCCCCUUUUUUAUAUAAAACAAUUCAUAUACAAUGGAUAAUUAUGUAGCAUUAACAUACUGUAGAAAACCAUUGUAAAGGCAUCCUCAAUGUUAUUACCCAUUGACCAAAGCACUUAAUAGUGAGCAAAAACGACAUCCCUGUUUUAGUGUGGUAACUGCAUUUUGGCCAGGGUAGGGCGACGUAUGUACACCUGCUGACGUGCUGAUAGAAACAUAAUCUGAAGUACUGUAUGUUAUAUUCUGUUACUCAAAGAAGUAUAAGCUUUUUGUAUUCUAUAUAUAUUUUUUCUAUAAACGCGCCACAAGAUGAAAGCUUGAAGAAAGUGCAAUCCAACAGUAUUUCUAUUGUUGCAACGUGUGACGAGAAUGACGGAGGUGGUUAACAGUGUCGCUAGUUGGCGAGAGGUUGACAUUUGCCACCAAAAAAAAAAAAAAAAAGCACUCUACCCCCCUGACCACCGGUGUUUUGUUGUUUUUUUUUUAAAUUUAAAAGAUGUUGUUUUUUUUUUUUCGGGAUUGCUCGGCCUCCGAUGUCUGUGUGAACUGCCAGAGGUCCGGAAGUAUCCUGCCUCCAUUACUUGAAUUGUGGCGUUGCUCUAGCUAUGAAUGUUCCUUUUUUUUGUUUUGUUUUCUUAACACGCAGCCUACAUAGCUUAAGAGGAAAGGAAUACAUGUUAAACUCGGCACAUUUUUAUUGUUUUGGGGUUUUUUUCCAAGGUAAAGGACAACUUUGUAUAGAGAUGUGUUUCUCAUGCUGGUUGGUGGGGAGGAGGUUGAUGACGGAUCCUCUUGAGAAAUUAUUACUCCACUGGAGGACUGAGGAAACUCCUCGAGGAAAAAGCUAAGCAAUGUGAGAUCCUGGCCUUUAUCUUGCUGAGAGACAAUAAACUGAAAAGAGUUUUGUCAACUUA